AUGGCGGCAUUUUGCAUUUAUGGAAAAGUCACAACACUACUUGAUGGGUGUGUACAAUGUCUGGUAUGUAACCUGUCUACCUCAAUGGAAGGUAUAGAGAUGUUACCUGGAAACCUCAAGGACAAAUGUCUCUAUUUAAUGUCAAAAAGAGGCUUUGUCUCUGACACAAAUAUAUCAAAGGUUUUACACGAGAAGUUGAAAGUGCUAGACCUGAGUGAAUGUGAUGUUACAGAUACUGGAUUGCAACAUCUUUCAAAAUGUCCACAAUUAAAGAAAUUAGAUCUCAACUCGGCAAAAGUGUCCCGCAGUAAUAUAUCAACAGAAGGUAUCAUAAAUGUAGCACAUACCUGUACACAGCUACAGACAGUUUACCUGCGCAGGUGUAUCAAUCUGACAGAUGAGGCAGUUAUAGCCCUUUCCACUUCCUGUCCACAACUCCGACUGCUCAAUAUUGGAGGAUGUCACCUACUCACCGACAAGUCACUGCUGGCUCUCGGACAAAACUCACACUACCUCAAAAGUGUCAACUUCUCCAAGACAAAGGUGACAGACAAUGGUGUGAUUGGACUGGUCAUGGGAAGCAGUUCGAAAACAUUGAAGGAGGUGCACAUGGAUGGCUGUGUAAACCUAACAGAUGAAGCUGUUGAAGGGGUGUUACAGUUCUGUCCUCAAAUCUGUAUUCUUCUCUUCCAUGGCUGUCCCAAAAUCACAGAACAAUCAAGACAAGCACUAGAACAGCUGACCAUAGACAGAGCAGCACCUAUGAAACAAGUCACAUGGACUAUUUACUGACCACUGAAAUGAAUAAUUUUAGUGUUU